AUGACUCGCUGGACCGAUGAGAACAAGGCGACUCUCCUCCGCCUCAUCUUUGAGACUCAGAAUUUCCAGAUCGAUCUCGACAAGAUCGUCGAUGCCUGGCCCGGAGACGACAAGCCCACCGGCAAAGCGCUCAGCGAACAGCUGGGUAAAUACCGCAAGCCUGGUAGCUCCAUAACCUUCCGGUUCACCAAAGCCAAGCGGGCUGCUCCUGGUGGAUCGGGAUCAUCUGCACCUAAUACCCCUACUCCUAAGAAAAUCCGAAAGACCAAUGAAAAGACUAGCAAGGUGAAGGCGGAAGUACCGUCUUCUCCUGCUCCUGUGCCUAAGAUUAAGGGCGAGAGUGUGGAAGAUGAUAAGAAGUUUCCCGAAGCUUAA